CAUCAACCACCUCAUGCACGCAAUCAGACCUGCCAUGGAUAGAUCACAGUCGAAUUUGUAGGGUAUACUGAUCAGUCCGCCGUUCAUUCAUUACCACUCAGAACAAUGGAGAUGGCUUCGUCUAUUAUCCCUGAAGCAACACGACAACCACCUCCCACCACCAGCCGGCCACAACCUCAGAAUAACCUGCACAAUCCUCUGCCCCUAUCCGCCUCUCAAGAAGCCGAAGUCCGCAAUCUCUUCCACAAACGCGUCCGCACAAAAUGCGCCGAUGUGAUCAAAGAUUUUGCUGACUGCGCACGCGGCCGUACCAUCAGCGUCGCCUGGACCUGCCGCGAGCAACAUUUGGCCAUGAACAGCUGUAUGAUCCAAUAUGCUACAAAAGCUGAGGAAGAUGCUGCACGGGAAGAGUGGUUUCAGGGUAUCCUGGCAAGGAGGAAGCAAAGGGAGGAGGAACUUGCUGCCGUGGAGAAACGGAGGAUGGAGGUUAUUGAGAUGACGAGACGACAGGAGGAAAAGGAGAGGCUCGAGGCGGAAAGGAAAAAGAAGGAGCUUGAAGAAAGCAAGAAAGAGAAAGAUGGAGACAAAAAGAAAGGAGCCUUUUGGUGGCGAUGAUGGACGUGUUGAGAAAACUUCGCACUGUCUGGCUCAUGGAAGAGGCACUGCGGUCUUCGCAGCGACCUUAGAAUGAAGCAUUGAACUCGAAGGGCAUCCGGCACAUCGAGCCACGUCCAUAACAGACCUUUCAGCAACCCCUUCGCCCAUGGACCAGCGAGCUCAGCGAGACUCAUCGAUGGAUGGCGUGCCACGUACCACAUUUCGAAGAAAGCAGCCUGCGGUACAUCCUUUGUCAGAGUGCACAUUGGAUCUCUUCCAGCUCAUCGAGCGCUGUUCUCGACAUCAUCCUGCAAUAUCCUCAUACCACAGAUGGCGAGACGGUCCUCCUUGCUCACAGAGUCCCACGAGUUUGAAAGCCACAGCACAACAUUUUCGGCUCAAAAAAAAAAUCCACCAAUUCUGAUCCCUUGGUUUCUUCAGAUCCUAGAACAUGGGGAGCCUCAACAAACAACUCGCUGUGACGACUCUCGCCAAUGAGUGGCGCAACUGUUUACCAUCUCCACAACUGUCCAUAAUCUCGCUCAAAUUCUUGCCGGCUGGGAAUCUCCAUGACCUCCAUUCGCUCCUCGAUCUCAGAGUCGCUGUCAACCUCAACCUCCCUUGCCGCCCUCUCCUCGAUCUCACCGUGCCAGUCCAACAUCUCAUCUUCCCAACCCUGGUCUCCAUCGACCUCUUCCUGGAUCUGCUGCAAUUUCCGUUUUUGCCCUCGGAUCUGUUCAGGGUCCGGGUCUCUCCAUUGCCUGUCUGCCUCGCUCCAGGCCCGUCUCUCUGCUUCGACUUGGGCACGAUGACGGGCCUCGAGAUCCCAUCUCGCUUGGACGUGAAGGUAAAUUACAUAGACCGCGAGGAGCCAGGUCAGAAUAUUGCCGAUGGCAAUGAAGACUUCGAAGGGUGUCGGCUCUGCAUUUGCCGGUGCGUUUGUCUGCGAUAAAGGUCGCCGGGGAGAUCCUAGCACUGUGCUCAUUGUGACUUUGGUCGGACUCGCGGUGGCUCGAGCGGGGACGUCGGUGACAACUGGACGGGUGCCGAUUUGUGGGUGUCUUGAUGGUGAUAUCAACCAGGGUUCUAUUCGAGGCUAUGGAGCCUUUUUCCAACUACUUGAGAACAGCAAGAUUCGUGGCCUCCUGGUUGUCUGGAAAUGGUUGCGUGGAUCCAAAUAUACAUGCCUGAAGACGUGUUUGUCCACGGUCAAAAUCAAGGAUCUUAUGCAAACGCAAGCUUUGGAAAGGCCACGGUGACACACAGAAACACACGGAAAGAGGUGUGCAAUCAAAAAGCGUCAACUAGCGAUGCUCUAUUGUGACAAUCAAUCAAUUGGCGAGAAACGCAAUGGGUGAAGCUUGAACUGCUGCGUGCUGCUGUCGGGUUUGGGUUUCCACACAGAAGCGCGAACAGAGAACCACACUUUGUCCCCGUUUUGUCAUGUUUCCCUUGGAUGGAUGGCCUUUUGUGCAAAGCCGAUCGCCCUUGACGGCCCAAAGCUACACUCGCAGUCGUGCAAAAACGAAGCGUGUUUUUAGUCUCUUUUCGCCUUCGUCGAUUCACGAGAUGCCAACUGGGGGAGCUCCAGUGCCGGCUGGCUAGGGGCGCGCAGGGAACAGCUUGUCUUCUCUGUCGCGAGAAAAGCGUGGAAUUUGCUGCCCUUCGUCGAUGCACGCAAGUUCAAAUCAAGGAGUCUUGGAGUGUUCAAUCUGGAUGGUGCAAACGGACAGGCCGGUAUACCGUCUGCUGGCCUGCAAAACCGACGCGGGUUGACUGAGGAGCUUUCGUCGGUUCAACGCGAUCAGGACGGGGAAAGGGGCCAGUCAGUCAGUGUGGUUCACGCAACUGGUGAGCCAGGACAGCCCAACCUACAAAAGCGACGCGGGUUGACUGAGCUUCGUCGGUUCACAGCGAUCAGGACAGGGAACAGUGUGGUUAUCCAACUGGUGAGCCAGGACAGCCCAACC